CGGCGCGUCACGUCUGACCCGGGCCGGCCGACCUGACAGAGCCCGGCCGGAUCGGAGCUGGCGGGCCGGCAUGGGGCUUAGCUGCCGGGAUGACCAGUAGCGCUGCGGCCGGCCCCUCGGCGCUGCCCGAGGCGUACCAGAGCGACUUCAUCUCGCAGCUGACGGCCGAGGAGAAACUGCUCAUCAUCGUGGGCAGUGCCGGCGCCGUGCUGCUGCUCGUGUUGCUGGUUGUCUGCCUGGUGGGCGAGGUGUGCCCGCUCCACGGCCUCAUCUACAAAGUGAGGGUUCGUGCCGCCCCAGAUGCCGGUACCCAUGGGAACAGGAGCGGUUCGCAACGAUCGUCGCAGAUUCUGGGCCACGCCAGCAGGAGCCAGUCCCGGGAUGAUCUGGAUACUCCCCGGCCGCUGAAGAAACGCCCAGAGAGGACUGGACUGCUGGAUGGCAUCAGCCUUUACUCUAGGGGGCGUGACUCGACCUACUCUUCAAUGUCCGACAGCGGACGUCAUUCUCCCACGUCCACUCGGAGCUCACGAAAGGGCUCCCAGUUGUCGUUGCCUACCGAAGCCAUUCUCGGCUCGUCUAAGUUGGGGCAGUUGACUUUCUCCUUGCAAUACCAAACGAAUGGGGAGAGGCAGAUUGGAAAACUCCAAAUUAAUGUGCAGGAUGCAAGCGACUUGCCAUCACGAGACUACGUGGGCACGUGUGACCCGUUUGUGCGCGUGACGCUUCUGCGAGAGAAGCGGUCUCUGCGCGGUGCCCGCUGCACGGUGGUCUGCGAGUUCCUCACCCGCACCCACCGGCACGCCAAGAAUCCCAGCUUCAAGCAGGCGUUUGGGGCGGAGAUCGUGAAGACAGAACUGAAGGACUGUGUGCUGAAGCUGACCGUAUACGAUGAGGACCGCUACGGCAGUCCGACUGAGAUCGGCUCUGUGACGCAGCCACUGCGCGCCCUGAAGAAGCUGCUCACCUCAGAGGCCGUCCAGCUCAUAUCGGAGUCUAUAAGGCCCAGCAGCAAGACGUACGGAGAACUGCUGUUCGGCCUCAGCUACUUGCCCACCGCACAGCGUCUGACACUAACCCUAGCGCGCGCCACGAAUCUAGUGACGUCACGUGUCACCGAGGAUGACCAGCAGUUCUGCCCGUACGUUAGGGCGUUUCUACUGAGCGGGUCGGGUCGCGUCAUCAAGAAGAAAAAGACGACGGCACAGCAAGGCAGCGCGGCGCCCAUCUUCGACGAGACGGUCGUGUUCGACCUGCCGUUCACCCAGCUGGAGGCGGUGACCCUGCUCGUCUGCCUUUUCCACCGGCCAGCGGACUCAACAUUGACCAGCAGCGGCUCAGGAGAAUACGUGCCGGAGCAGCGCGUGGCCGAGCCGCGGUCGGCGCCAUCCAAGAAGGACCUCUGUGUGGGCAAGGUGGCCGUGGGUAGACACGUGCGCGGUGACACGGCCGUCACCCACUGGGUGUCCAUGAUGCAGAGUCCGCGUCAGACUGUAUCUCAGUGGCACUGCCUGAAGUAAGCCACCAAGUGUCCGCUCUGCCCGGCCCAGGAGCGGUCAUUCACGGCCAGGUGUCCGCUCUGCCCGGCCCAGGAGCGGUCGGUCACGGCCGGGUGUCCGCUCUGUUCGGCCCAGGAGCGGUCGGUCGCGGCCGGGUGUAAGCUCUGCCCGGCCCAAGAGCGGUCAUUCACGGCCGGGUGUCCGCUCUGCCCGGCCCAGGAGCGGUCAUUCACGGCCGGGUGUCCGCUCUACCCGGCCCAGGAGCGGUCAUUCACGGCCGGGUGUCCGCUCUGCCCGGCCCAAGAGCGGUCAUUCAUGGCCGGGUGUCUGCUCUGCCCGGCCAAGGAGCGGUUAUUCACGGCUGGGUGUGCGCUCUACCCGGCCCAGGAGCGGUCAUUCACGGCCGGGUGUCCGCUCUACCCGGCCCAGGAGCGGUCAUUCACGGCCGGGUGUACGCUCUGUCCGGCCCAGGAGCGGCCAUUCACGGCCGGGUGUACGCUCUGUCCGGCCCAGGAGCGGCCAUUCACGGCCGGGUGUAAGCUCUACCCGGCCCAGGAGCGGUCAUUCACGGCUGAGUGUACGCUCUACCCGGCCCAGGAGCGGUCGGUCGCGGCCGGGCUGGCCCGUCAGUCGUUUCGCAAAUUUGUCCAGUGGGAUAUCAACCCAUUUGCUCUGGCUUGUGUGCCCUCUGAGACCACUUAUGCUAUUGAGGGGCCGAUCUAUGCUGAGGCGUUAUUUUAUGACGUUGGGGGAAAAUACAAAAUACCUCGCUGUCACAGCUAUCAUC